AUGAAUAAGAUGAUGCCACGAGCAAUUUUUCUGCUAGCUGCUCUAGUGUUAUUUGAACAUACACGUGCAGCACCUGCCAACGAAGUAUCAGGAUCAGUGAAGUCAGCUUCGGACUCACAAGGUCUAAAUGAUGAUAAAGAUGAUCUGAAAACAGCAGCAAGCAGUGGUUAUGCCGGAGACCGUUAUGCAGAUUGGGGUCGCUAUCCUAGUGGUCAGGGAGUCACGGGCUACGGAUCUAUUGAUAGUAGAUACAAUUACGGCGGAUUCGGCGGAUACGAUAGUCCUUACGGUUACAAUGGCUAUGACUCGGAGUAUCCAAGAUAUGGUGGCAGCUACUCUGGAUAUGGAAGCGGCUACUAUGGCAACUCGGGCUACGGCAGUUACGGAGCUGCCGGCUACGGUGGAUACAAGGGUGGAUAUGGUGCAGGAUAUGGAGGCUACGGUGGCUAUUCCGGCAACGGUGGAUUGAAUUCAUACUACGGCUACAAUAACCCAUCCUACCAAGGCGCUAAUCACUUAGGCUAUGGAUAUUACCGACGACCUGGUUAUGGCAACAUUUACAAUAGCGGAAUCACACCUAGUUUAGUGACCGGUUAUAGGGGCUAUUCAAGAAAAUAAAUAGAAAUUAGUACUUACCUACUUAUGUAUAAGAAAAUCAACUAUUUAUUCUCAGUUUAAGUUACCAAAGUACAUCCAAAGUUUAUGUUAAGCAAAUCAUGUCUCAUUACAAAGUGUACCCACAUAAUACCGACAUCCCUAAUAAAUUGUGUACUUUAAAUUGCA